GCUUGGACCGUUACAUUCAAGGAGGUUCUUUAAAGCGGUUACAACUCCACAUGGACUCUUCGGUCCCUCUGUAAUGCUCACUUGCCUGGCGCCUUGAACUGAAACCCUUCUCCAAUUUCUCUUAAUGUGUGGCAUUUUGGUAAUUUUAUAUAACGGAAACACGCUCCCUUCCCCUCCACCCGUUGCCAUUCCGCAUCCCCAUCCUCGCUCUCCUCCUCAAAAAUCGCUCCACAGCAGAGCCGUGAGAAGCGAAGUGGAAGAAGAGCACAUCGGAGAAGAAGUAGAGAAACUAUUUUCCCAAAAUACCCACCUCCUUUACCAGAAUGCCCCUUUGUAUCCCAACCGUCCCCGUCCCUGCGUUCCAUCAAACCCUAUCCCCGACCUCUCCCAAAGGCUUCGUCCUCUCUAACCCCAAAGGACUGCUGCAUGACUUCGAAAUUCUUCCAGUUUUGAGAUCACAAGCAGAGGGAAGUAUUCAUUUGAGGCGGAAAAAUCAUGGAAGAAAGAGUAUCUUAGGUUGCAAUGGGUCGGAGUCUGCUAAUGAUGCAUUGGCGGAUGAUUCUGUGAAGAAAAGAAAUAUUGUGGAGCAUAUUUUUCUUCUGAGAGCAAAGUCAGAUUUAUCUGAUGUUGAAGAAAAAGGCAUGCUUGAUUACCUUUAUACGUCACAAUAUCAGAUGAGUGGAAUUAUUGCAAUAUCAUUGGGUCGCAUAGAAGAUCCAAAUGUUGAUAAUUUUACCCAUGCAGUAUAUAUGCGUUUUCAAAAAAAGGAAGACAUUGCAAGGUUCUAUGUUAACUCUUACUACUCUGGAGUUCUUAAGGAACAUGUCAUACCAUAUUGCUAUGGGUCGGUGUCUGUGGAUUAUGAAUCCGAAGUAGAGGAUGAUAUACUUCCCAUAUUCCGGAGGGGAGAGGAGUUCAACCAUGGCAUGGAGUGUAUACUUUUGAUGUCUGUCUUUGACACUGCACCUGGAGAUGCUGUUAAAGAUGCAUUAGCUACUCUUCAGAACUUGAUUUUACGGUUUCGUCCCUUUAUUGUACAGGCAACACAAGGUUAUAAUCUCAAACUCACAGAUAGCGAGUACACACAUGCUGCAGUCAUACGCUUUCCAUCAAUUGAGGCCUUGGAGGCAUUCAGGGAAAGCACAGAAUACAAGGAUAUGUGGAGGUUGAAGUUCCAUCCAAUCAUCAGAAAAGCUGUUCUGAUACAUUUUUCAGUUGAUCCUGUGGGCACUGAAUUAAUGUAGUAUAGCACAACAGUUUGGUUCUUCUGAUCUUCUGGAUCAGCUCGAGCUAAUUCACGGACAGAUCAUCUGAAUCUUCCCUUGCAAUUAGUGCUCUCAGCUUUGCUAGCUUCGGAAGUAUCUUUUGUUACUUAGCAAUUUAGUUAAAAACUUGGCCAUUGAGUUUAAGCCCAAAUCAGCAGUUUGGCUGACAGAUUGAGCUGUGGCAUAGUUUUUAUAAAUGUGUCUAGGUGAAAUGCUCAUUGUUUCCAUUUAAAUACUUUCAACAUAUGCCCUUUCCUUGUGUUAUGUAGUUUUAAUUCUAUUAUACCUUCUUGGUCAUUUUUUCUUAUUUUUGAGGAAAAAAAGGAUUUUCAGUGUGACUCAAUUUUACAUAUAUCACUUUAGUUUCUAGACAUGCACUGACAUAUAUGUAAAUGAGGUAAGGUUUUUCAUUACAUGAUGAGGUAAUGUGGUUGGCAGAUGCUUUUCUCUAGUGAGUAUCUUGGGAUGUUUUGUUUUAUUGCAAUAUGAGAUGCCUCCUUUGCUAUGCUUGCCUAUACCAGUCGUAAGGUAGAAACAGCUGAAAAUAUAAUUUCCUGUAAAUGAGUUCAUACAUGACACACACGUAUAAGAGUGCGAGUAUGUGUGUCUGUGUAUGUGUUUAUCAUUUGGUGGUGUACCAUUCAUGAGAACAACUGAUUUUCUUUUCUUCCCCAUAUAUGAUAUCUCACACAAAUACCCUUAUUUUCACUGUUCUUGGUGUGUGUUAGUUCUGGAGCCAUUAGUCCAAUAUUGAAGCAACCAUCAAAUGUCAACUAGUUUGUCUAUCGUCUCAGUUUUGGCAAGCCAUAUCAUCAUGCUAUUUACACUCCUGUGGUGUCUUUAAUAUGUAUCUGUGCUCAUCUUCUGGGGACCACUGCUCAUUCAAAUUUUUCGAUGAUUACGUACCUAAAUAUAUUUAGGAA